AUGAUCGAUACGCCCGCGGAUGCACCGCUCCUGCACGAUUCCGAUGCCGACUCACACCGCUCCAGCCUCGACAGCUACGACAGCUCUGAUGCUGUGGAUGAGAGCGCGCUGGUCUCGCCUGGUAUAUUCAUAUGGGUGCUGACAUUCUGUGCUGGAGUGAGCGGGCUGUUGUUUGGAUAUGAUACUGGCGUCAUCUCCUCAACCCUAGUGAGUAUCGGCUCAGACCUCUCCUCCCGUUCCCUCACCACGCUGGACAAGAGUCUGAUCACGUCUGCUACGAGCUUGUUCGCCUUGAUUGCGAGCCCUCUCACGGGGGUGCUGGCAGACUCUUGGGGGCGCAAGAAGGUCAUACUGCUCGCGGAUAUACUUUUUGUUGUGGGCGCGCUGUGGCAGGCAUGGUCUGGGACAGUGUGGGGGAUGAUUGUUGGGAGGAGCAUAGUUGGGUUGGCGGUGGGCAGUGCGAGCUUUGUGGUGCCGUUGUAUAUAUCCGAACUCUCACCCUCUCCAUUUCGAGGCCGCCUCGUCACAGUCGCAAGUCUCUUCAUUACCGGCGGUCAAGUCGUUUCAUACAUCAUCGGCUGGCUCUUCUCCACGCACCCGCAUGGUUGGAGGUGGAUGGUGGGUCUCGGUGCUGCGCCGGCCACGAUCCAGUUUCUCAUAUUAGAAUUCAUGCCCGAAACACCCAGAUGGCUUGUUAAAGCAAAUCAGAAGGACCGCGCGAAGCAGGUCCUACUACGUGUGUAUGGUGGUGGCGAUGAGAUUAAACAGAUGGUAGACGCAGUGCUCAGACGAGUGGAGAAGGAGAUCAUGGAGGAAGAGGAGGCAGCAGGGGAGAGGUCGAACCCAGAAUUGCCCAAGACGGGCUGGAGGGGUAGGAUGGCCAAAGUAAACGACGGAUUCGCGCAAGUCGUGGCUGUUGGUGGGAACCGGAGAGCGUUGAUUAUAGCAUGCAUGCUUCAAGGAUUCCAGCAAUUGUGCGGAUUUAACUCCCUUAUGUACUUUUCCGCCACAAUCUUCGCACUCGUAGGCUUCCAGUCGCCGACGCUUACAUCCCUUUCAAUCGCAUUAACCAACUUUGCCUUCACCCUCGUGGCCUUCCACAGCAUCGACCGUAUUGGUCGGCGCAGGAUUUUGCUUUAUUCGGUCCCCAUUAUGGUCAUCGGUCUCGGCCUUUGCAGUGUAGCCUUCAACUUCGUGGACAUCCCUACACACGAGUCUUCCGUUGCUACAAGAGGGAUCGAUAACGCAGGAACACGAGCAUGGCCUCUGAUCAUCCUAAUCGCCAUGAUCGUGUAUGUCGCGGGAUACGCCAUUGGUAUGGGAAAUGUACCAUGGCAGCAGUCUGAGCUAUUCCCACUCUCCGUCCGCUCCAUCGGCUCCGGCCUCGCGACCGCCACAAACUGGGGCUCUAAUUUCCUCGUUGGCCUGACCUUUCUCCCAAUGAUGGACCUGUUCACGCCUAUGGGCACGUUCGCAGUGUAUACUGGGGUUUGCAUAGCAUGUUGGUUUACUGUGUGGCGAAUCUACCCCGAGACGUGUGGCCUGAGUCUUGAAGAAGUUGGUGGGCUGUUGAGGGAUGGGUGGGGCGUAGAGGAGAGCGUGAGGAAAGCUGGGGAGAGGAUGCGAGAGAGGAGAUGA